AAGACUUCGAGUUUGAAGAAAAAACACAAACAUAUCACUAUCCGUGCCCAUGUGGUGAUCGAUUUGAAAUAACGAUGACUGAUCUUCUUGAUGGAGAAGACAUAGCUAGGUGUCCAAGUUGUUCUUUAAUGGUUCGUGUGAUAUAUGAUCCGGAUGAUUUUUAUGAUAAAAAUCAAACAACUAUUAACCUAGAACAAGAGGCAAUUGCG